AGAGAGAGCGAGUGUCGUACUUCAUUUAAGUUUAGUCGGUCUUGUGCAUGCCUGAACACCUGAUUACGUCAGUCCUACAAUUAUCCCUUCAAACAUACGCACACACACACACACACACACACGCACACUGGUGGUCACGUGCAUAAGCGCUCAGAGAGGCAGCUCGCACUCAGGAGCAUCAGUAGUGCACGGAGCCGAGCAGUGGGAAGGACGCAUCGCGCAGCUUGCGUCCUCUAUCGAAGAGAAGUGGCGCUCAGCAGGAGGGAAAAGACGGCUCAUCCCGGAUCGGGAGAAGUAUGCGCGGGUCAUCCCUUCGGCUCAGGAACCGACGCCCUCGUCAUGCACUCAGCCGGGGACAACUAAGUCACCAGCAUGAGUCACCGCGGGGGUGAUUCAGUGGCUCGGUGGGGCAAAGUCCACUAAGCUCGCCCACCGGGGGGUCGCCAGUCUGGAAAUAACUAACUAGGGGAGGCUGGAUCCCGACAAGUUGGAUCCCGAGAGCCUGGCCGGGAUGACCAGGGGUGGCGUCCCCGCUCCGUGACGCUCCGGGCUCAGGCCCCCGUCAUGCGUGUCCCCCGCCAGCCCGGCGUCCACUCCCUGCGGCUCCUGUCCCUCUUGGUCUACGUGAUGGGGGCGGCCCCCUCGCCGGCUCUGACGGCCGGCUGCCCCGACAGGUGCGUGUGCGAUGACCAGCUGGUGGUCCAGUGCGCGGGCCGGGAGCUGACCCAAUUCCCCGCCGAUCUUCCCCUGGCCACCCGGCAGCUCAUCAUCUCCAACAACCGUAUUGGGGAACUGCCGGCAUUGCAGCUCAACUACCUGUCUGACCUGGUCUACCUGGACUGCAGCAACAACUCCCUUGCGGAGAUCUCAGAGUCCACCUUCGGGAACCUGCACAAGUUGGCCUACCUGGACCUGUCCUUCAACGCACUGCUGCAGAUCGAUGAGCGGACUUUUGGGCCUCUGGGAUCGCUGGUCAUGCUGCGCUUGACGGACAACCCGGGUCUCAGGGAGAUCCACGCCGACGCCUUCGCCGAGAACGCGGCACUGCAGGUCCUGGACGUGAGCCGGAACAACCUGAGCGCCUUCAACGUUAGCGGUCUGAUCGGAUUGCCGGCCCUCAGGUCGGUGGGACUCAGCGGGAACCCUUGGAAGUGCGACUGCGACACAGAGGACCUCUGCCUUUGGGUCCAGAUCGAGAACUUCAAGUUCCAAGACGAGGGCCAAACGGUGUGCCAGAGCCCGGCCGAGCUGACGGGACGGCGUUUGGCCGAGCUGGGCAUGCAGCUGCGCGCGGACUGCCACCAGGGCCUGGGCUACUGGGACUACCUCUUCUUCGUGGCCAUCGGCUUCGUCAUCUUCUCGGCGGGCACGGUGUCGGCGUGGGUGAUGGGCGUGCUCAUGGUGCUGUACGAGCGCUACAGCAAACGCAAGAGCGAGGAGCUGGACAGCGACGACGAAGAUGGCAGGGGGGGCGGCGGGGGCAAGCAGGGAAACGGAGACGUGAGCAAGCCUGGCGUGCAGGUCUGAUGCCGCCGUUGACUCUGAGACCAAAGACUUCCAUCUGUGGAUUUUGGCUGUGCUCGGAAUCACUCUCUACCCGCUGUAUUGUGCUCUAAAAAGCGAGUUUGCCAUUUGGCCAUGUUGGUCAAAAUGUCUAGCAAGUGUAGGUUAUAUCCCACAAUGCAUCAGGAAAAGGAGUGGUCACUAGAAAUGGCCAAGCAAUUGCAAAAAUCCAGGAAUAAUUGACCCCUGUAUACGUUUUAUAUUGUCCUACAGUUGCCUCCAAAAGACACAAAAUGGUGGCAAAGGACUGCCUUUGGCCAAAUGAAAUUCCUCAACUCACUUUAACAGCUCCUUCCCAAGAUGCCACCAGAUGGUGCUACAGCACUUAAAACAGAGGCGAUCAUAAAGCAUCAACAUCACGCAUCGUGCAAAUACUUGCACACAAUCAUGAACCCAUGUUACAUAAUUGACUGUAUUCAGAAAUUAAAUUACACACGUCAACAAAAUUUCACAACUUUUUUUUUUCCCAUCAGAGAUGCAAGUAAACUUUUCUAACUGAUUUCUUGUGCUGAUCCUGAAGAUACCCUUCAGGUUUUCGUCACAAUAAUAAUAAUAAUAAUAAUAUGUAGUCAUAUUUAUGAAUUCAAGGUUAGGUUGAGCAAUAGGAGGAAUUUAUUUGAUGAAAUGUCACAGCUAUAAAUUACACCGUAUGGCACAAGCUUGUAUAGGUCAAAAUUAAAAACAACAAAAACACAAAAAAAAAAAACCCCUCACGAUAAUCUGCAAAUAAUUGUCGCUCCUCCAAAAAGGCUUACAAUUGCCUACAUAUGCCACAAGAUGUCAGAAAGUCACUACUUUUAAACAGGACUUGGCCUCAGCUAAAAACAGCAAAUAGGUGAGUUUUACAGCGAAUAAGGGAUGAUAGGUUAUAAAAAAAAUAAUGAAUAAAUUACAUCUGAGAAAAUUCAAGGGAACACUGAAUGGUGAUUCGGGAGCAACUGAAUGAUUCCGAACACAGCCUCAUACUGUUAACAUAUUAAUCAACACAAGGACAGAAUGUGUGUGUGUGUGUGUGUUCAACUGUGUGUGCGUGCGUGUGUGUGUGUGUGUAAAACAAACGUUUAACUAUAUGCCUUUACCUCGAGAAUAGGGAUUGCUUUCAAGAUUAUUGAGAGCACUAACCCACAGCACAAACACCAUCUCUUGGGAAUUUAGUAGGAUUUUCGACAAAAUAACAAACCCCAAAAACUAAAUUAAACCCUAAAGCACUAACACUUUUUAAAUUACUU